AUGUGCAUCACGCGGCUGCUCUUCCUCGUGACCGGCGCGGCUGCGACCACGUCCCUGUACGUGGACCCGAACGUCGGCAACGACGUCACGAACGACGGCAGCCUCGCUCGGCCGCUUCAAACGAUUGCGAAAGCGCAAGCCGUCGUUCGCAGUCUUCUGCAAGCCCAGCAGGUAUCCGGCGUCUACAGCCCGAUCGACGUCGUCUUGCGGGCCGGCACUCAUACCGUGUCCUCGACUCUGUCGUUUGGGCCUCAAGACAGCGGCGCGUCCGCAUCAGCCCGCGUCUCGUACAAGGCCUACUGCAACCCAUCGGCGCCGUCCGAUUUGACAGUGCUGCCGUACCCGUACAUCAUGAAUGCGACAGCGCAGCUGCGGUAUCUCUGGAACGGCGUCAACCGUCCUUCGGCGUGGACAGGGCCCGCCGAUCCGCUCGCGCAGCUGGGCAUUCGUGCACUCAGCAGCACGACGCUGCCGCCGCUCGUGCUACCGCCCGUGUGCUUUGACCUCGUUGGUGUCGGGCACACGUGCUACACAGUCGAAGCGCCGUGCGUCUCGGACUGCAUGACCGCGUGUCAGCGCAACGUUGACAAGCGGAUUUACUCGACCGCCGUGUACGAUCAGUUUUACCUCCUCUUUGGCCGGGAUUUGCGCAGCGAGGACGAGUGCGUCGGGCUCUGUGUGCAAAUGUGCACCACAUGCGAACAACCGAUUUUGUCGGGCAUGCAGACCAUCACGAACGGCGCGUGGACGCCAUUUGUGGCGCCCGCGUGGAUGGCGCCAGCGCGCCCAAUCUACUCGCUCAACUUGGCCGGGCGCAAUGUGCAAUCGAUCUCGGAUGUGUACCUCAAUGGCGACACACGCCUCCCCCGCGCUGGGUUUCCAAACGCCGUGCUGCAACCCAAUGGAAGCUGUACAUCGCAAUAUGCGCCGACAUUUAACGGAUCUGCGCGCAGCUUUGCUUUCGACCCGACCUCGUUCUCGUCCAAGUUGGCGUAUUGGACAAAUGUGGCAUCCAUGUUUAUCGAAGUGCAGCUCGGCAGCGGGGCCAAUGUAUGGUACAGUGCCGCCAGUCUUGCGAGCAACGUGAUUGGUCUGGGCGCGGGUGGCGGUCAAGUGUCACCCCAAGUCUUUCGAAAUGGUGUUCCGUGGAAUGCGACGACUGCCCGCUUUCGCGCCGAGAACAUUUUCGCCGAGCUGGACGCCCCCGGCGAAUGGUUUUACGACGCGGCAACGUCGACGCUAUAUCUGAUUCCACCAACUGGCGUCAGCUUGGCGUCGGCCAGCAUUUCGUUUCCGACUGUGAAGCAGCUACUGCAGAUCCAGGGGACGCCGGGCAUCGACCUCGGCUACAGUGCACCUGGAUACUACACAAUUAUUACCGCUAAUGAGACAGAGACGGCGGCGCCCCGGGCCCAAGCGGGUUGGACGUCCCACUUGACGUUUGACGGACUCACGUUUAUGGGCACGGCACGGACCGAAAUGGAGCUGUACGAAGCGCUACCCGGUCAUCCGUGGACCCAAACACGCGUGGCCGCCGUGUACAUUGAGAGUGCGAGGGACAUUGUGAUCCGUCGAUCCACCUUUACCAAUUUGCGUGGCAACGCCGUCAUGCUAUCGGGACGCAACCAAGAGAUUCAUGUGGUCCACAACCACUUCAAACAGCUUGGUGCGACAGCCGUCGCGGUCCUUCCGCGUGGCGUCACAGCCUUUCCCAACCUGUACCGCUUCGAGAUCUUCCACACGAUGCUCUCCAAUAUCUCGUUCAACCAAAUCCACGACUUUGGCCUGGUGACGACCCAAUCAGCAGCGAUUUGGAUGCUCUCGACCAAUCAAACAAUCGUUCGCGGCAACUUGGUCUACAAUAUCCCCCCGAGCGGCGUCAGCUACAGCUUUACCAACAGCAACGGAGAUGCCACCAAGCCGGGAUACCUCUUGCGACCGCUGCCCGCGCCAGUGAGUCCCGCCACGGUGCUGGCCAACAGUUUGAGCACCACGUACGCGGUCGUCGUCGACAUUGGGCGGUUCGACAUUCCUGUGGUCGCAAAGCUCAUUGGUGCACCGAUUUGCGCUCCGUCACAAGGACGAGGGGGCGCGCUGUACGGCCAGCAGCACAGCGGGUGUUCGGGUUGCUGUCCUACAACUUCUGGCACGAGUACGAUUCAAAACACCGCGCUCCCGGCUGUGACGGGGCUCGCGGUGCCGCUGCGCCCUGGUGAUAUGCUGCAGCUGCAGGUGACAUCGGCACCGUACUAUAGCGCCCCCGUCGAUGUCUAUGUGGGUUUUCACAUUGUGACGCCCAACCGUGUCGUCGAGGUGCCCGGCUGGCGCUUCCACUGGCAAUCGUCACCUGUGGCGGUCCCUGUGGCUGUCCAUUGA